CCCACCCGAGCAGGGGAUUCCGGUAGCAUUUUAACUGAAUAUCGCAGGAAUCUGAAAGCAAAAGAAUUCGCGGAAGGCCAGGCGAGCUGCGCGCAGCAGGCGCCCCGUCCGGAAGGGAGGCUGGCAAGGGGCUUCCUUGCGGCCGCAGGCUCCUCACCGCCCGGGACUUCCAGGGUCUUCCCCUCUCCUCCCCGCCCCCGGCCCCCAGCUUCGCCCCGGGGCGUCACGUGGCGGCGUGGGGCCCGCCUCCCGGUGACGCCAGCGCGCUGGCGGCCGUCGCGUGAAGAAGGAUGCGCUAGGAUGCUGAGCAGGUGGGCGGCCGGCCUGCGCCAUGCGGCACUGCAGGUGUGAGUAGCAUGGUCAAUGCCCCCGCGAUGAGUGGCUCCGGAAACCUGAUGGAUUUCCUCGACGAGCCUUUCCCCGACGUGGGCACCUACGAAGACUUCCACACCAUCGACUGGCUGCGGGAGAAGUCCCGGGACACCGACAGACACAGAAAGAUCACCAGCAAGAGCAAGGAGUCCAUAUGGGAGUUCAUCAAGAGCCUGCUGGACGCCUGGUCGGGAUGGGUGGUGAUGCUGCUCAUCGGCCUGCUGGCGGGCACCUUGGCUGGGGUCAUCGAUCUCGCUGUCGACUGGAUGACCGACCUGAAGGAGGGGGUCUGCCUGUCCGCCUUCUGGUACAGCCACGAGCAGUGCUGCUGGACCUCCAACGAGACCACUUUUGAGGACAGGGACAAGUGUCCUCUGUGGCAGAAAUGGUCGGAGCUGCUGGUGAAUCAGUCGGAGGGUGCCAGCGCCUACAUUGUCAAUUACCUGAUGUACAUCCUGUGGGCCUUGCUGUUCGCCUUUCUGGCUGUCUCCCUGGUGCGGGUGUUUGCGCCCUACGCCUGUGGCUCAGGUAUACCUGAGAUAAAGACUAUUUUGAGUGGCUUUAUCAUCAGGGGCUACUUGGGGAAGUGGACCCUGCUGAUCAAGACGGUGACCCUGGUGCUGGUGGUGUCCUCGGGCCUGAGCCUUGGGAAGGAAGGGCCCCUGGUGCACGUGGCUUGUUGCUGUGGCAACUUCUUCAGCAGCCUUUUCUCCAAGUACAGCAAGAACGAGGGCAAGAGGCGUGAGGUGCUUUCAGCUGCAGCGGCCGCUGGCGUGUCGGUCGCCUUCGGCGCACCCAUCGGGGGUGUGCUUUUCAGUCUGGAAGAGGUCAGUUACUACUUUCCCUUGAAGACCCUGUGGCGCUCCUUUUUCGCAGCCCUGGUGGCGGCCUUCACGCUGCGAUCCAUCAACCCCUUCGGGAACAGCCGCCUCGUUCUCUUCUACGUGGAGUACCACACGCCCUGGUACAUGGCCGAGCUCUUCCCCUUCAUCCUGCUUGGGGUCUUCGGGGGCCUGUGGGGAACCCUCUUCAUCCGCUGCAACAUCGCCUGGUGCCGGAGGCGCAAAACCACCAAGCUGGGCAAGUACCCGGUGCUGGAGGUCAUCGCCGUGACGGCCAUCACCGCCAUCGCGGCCUACCCCAACCCCUACACGCGCCGCAGCACGAGCGAGCUCAUCUCGGAGCUGUUCAACGACUGCGGGGCCCUGGAGUCCUCCCAGCUCUGCGACUACAUCAAUGACCCCAACAUGACGCGGCCCGUGGACGACAUCCCGGACCGGCCCGCCGGAGUCGGGGUCUACACCGCCAUGUGGCAGCUCGCCCUGGCGCUCAUCUUCAAAAUCGUCAUCACCAUCUUCACCUUUGGCAUGAAGAUCCCGUCGGGCCUCUUCAUCCCCAGCAUGGCCGUGGGAGCGAUGGCGGGCAGGAUGGUGGGGAUCGGCGUGGAGCAGCUGGCCUACCACCACCAUGACUGGAUCAUCUUCAGGAACUGGUGCAGGCCCGGGGCAGACUGUGUCACCCCAGGACUGUAUGCAAUGGUGGGAGCGGCAGCCUGCCUAGGUGGCGUGACCAGGAUGACGGUGUCCUUGGUGGUCAUCAUGUUUGAACUGACGGGCGGUCUGGAAUACAUUGUGCCCCUGAUGGCGGCGGCCGUCACCAGCAAGUGGGUGGCCGAUGCCUUUGGCAAAGAGGGUAUCUACGAGGCCCACAUCCACUUAAAUGGAUACCCGUUCCUGGACGUGAAGGACGAGUUCACCCACCGCACGCUGGCCACCGACGUCAUGCGGCCCCGGCGCGGAGAGCCGCCGCUGUCCGUGCUCACCCAGGACAGCAUGACGGUGGAGGACGUGGAGACGCUCAUCAAGGAGACCGACUACAACGGCUUCCCCGUGGUGGUCUCCAGAGACUCCGAGCGCCUCAUUGGAUUUGCCCAGAGGAGGGAGCUGAUCCUGGCAAUAAAGAAUGCGAGACAGAGGCAGGAGGGCAUCGUGAGCAACUCCAUCAUGUACUUCACGGAGGAGCCUCCUGAGCUGCCUGCCAACAGCCCGCACCCCCUGAAGCUGCGGCGUGUCCUGAACCUCAGCCCUUUCACGGUCACGGACCACACGCCCAUGGAGACGGUGGUGGACAUCUUCCGGAAGCUGGGGCUCCGGCAGUGCCUGGUGACGCGGAGCGGGAGACUUCUUGGCAUCAUCACAAAAAAGGAUGUUCUGAGACAUAUGGCCCAGAUGGCAAACCAGGACCCUGAAUCCAUCAUGUUUAAUUAGAAACAAGGUGGCGAUUAUUUUGAGAAAAACACAACUGUGUCAUUUAAAAUAAAUAAAUAAUAAGUUAUUACCCCAACGAAUGGUCGUAUGCUGGAGACAGCGGAAACAAAAACUUGGUUUGCAAGGAAGAGAAGCGCGAUGAAACCUUUUUUAAAGAACAAUCCAUCAAGAGUAGGCAUUUUAUAGCUUUAACCCCUUUUGAGUUUCAAGCUGUGUUUCUUAACGAGUCUACUAACUGCUGUGGGCGCGCGGGUGGGUGUGAACGGUGUGCUUUGUACCGGGACACAGCCCAAAUGCUGAGUCAAGAAAUGUGCCCCUUCUGCGCGAAGCUGACGUUUACGAAGCAUCGAGUCCAGCAGGCAAAGGGGUGUGGACACGUCGACAUCCUUCCCAUCGGGUCCUGAACUUGUGCUGCUGGGUUCCUGAAUCGGGCUACCGACAACUGUACUCACUUUCUUGGAAAAGGGAAAAGCGAUUAAAUGUGAGCUUAGUGAAAGCAGCACGCAAGCC